GCCACCAUGAACUCCCAGCAGCAGCAGCAGAAGAACACAAUCAAGAAGAAGCAGCAGCAGCAGAACCUGGUGAGGCAGAGGAAGCCCCACUUCUUCAAAGUCCUCCUCGGCGACUUCACCCACCACCUGAGGAUUCCCCCAAAGUUUCUGAAACACAUUCCAGGUCCAGCCACAGAGUCCAAAACGGCCAUCUUCCUUCACGGCCCCAGCGGAAGCAAAUGGAGUGUGGAGCUGAGGAGAAACAGGGAAGGCACGUUCCUUGCCUCCGGCUGGAGCAAGUUCGUGAAGGAUCACUCUCUGAAAGAAUGCGAGUUCCUAGUCUUCCGGUACGAUGGCAAUAUGCACUUCACCGUGCUCCUUUUCGACACCACUGCGUGCGAGAGGGAGGACGCUUUUGCAGUCAGACGGUGGAAGCAGCCGUGGAAGACGAGAGGUCACCGGCCGAAGGAGGAAGCUGUGGAAGUUAGCAGCUGCUCUGUCAAGCAGGAAAGAAUGAAAAAUGGAGAGGAGGAAACUAAACCAGUACAAAUCCAGCCUUAUUUACCUAGUCAAGAAAGAUGUGUGGCAUUCCCUGAUCCUAUCUGGAAUGACAAGCUUAAAAUGGAAGAGUUUGAGCUUCCACUUAGUAUGAUUCGCAACAAAAGAAAUUACAGGAGAUUUUGCAUAUCAUCAACAAGAAGACAUGUGACAGAUGAAGAAAAGUUGCAAGCGCACAAAGUUGCUAAGUCUUUCACUUCUGCACUUCCGUACACCAUCAUUCGCAUGUCGACAACAACUCUUUUUAAGGGAUACAUGAAUAUCCCUACUCGGUUUUCACGGGAGCAUCUUCCACAGAAUACGUCAAACUUAAUCCUCCAUGACCCGAUCGAUAGGUCCUGGGUUGUGAACUACAUUCCAAAGGAGAAGGGCAACAAAAUAUCAAGAGGGUGGAUGGCUUUUGCAAAAGCCAACAAACUUGAGGAAGGAGACUUCUGUGUAUUUGAGCUCGUUGGUACGGUCAAGUUACGUGUGCAUAUUUUUCGGGUAAUUGAGGAAACUCUACCUAUAUCUACGGUGCCAACAAGGUCAGAAUAGGUCACAUCCAAUUCCCACUUCUUCAAGCUCAUUUGAAUGAACUUGGCUUCCAAGCCAUUGGAGGAACUAUAGGAUUGUAGGUGGGUCAUGGGUGAAGAGGAGUGCCUUUCAUGUGAACUACUGUGUUAGAUAUAAAAUGGUAGAUUAUCUACUAAUACAUGCUUGUGCAUAAUCCAUCUGGAAAAAAAAAAACCCUUCAAACUA